UCUCACGUCAUUUAUAGGCACAGUUGGCCAUGAUGAUUAGUGGAAGAUCAGGCCUGCUAUGCAACUCUUGAAAUUCAAAAACGUAUCAUGCAUCAUUAGGUAGCUUUGAGUCUGAACCUUUAAUUUGUUCCAGCUCUUUCAAAACCCGUGAAAGAAUGCAGAGUAAAAAAUUAGAAAACCGAUUAAUGUAAAUGUAGAGUCUGAAUUUGAAGUGUUAUUACAUUCAUUCUGUUGGUAGUUUAUCGGUAUUCUUCCAUAGAACUUAGCGCUUUGGUUCCAAUCAUAGAAAUCCAGCGCCUUUUGUUCAACAGAACAGACCCCUUUCUUACCAAAGUGGAUCCACAUCAUGUCUGUGACACCAACUCGAGGAGGCCUCCAGGAGAUCCGCACCGUGAGCUUUCCAUCGGUCGUGGAGUUGAACGUAGGCGGGGUAUUUUACACGACCUCACUAAGCACUCUGACCAAGGAACCCACAUCUCUUCUAGGUCAAAUGUUUACUGGUAAAGGCAGCAAAACAGUGAUGCGAGACUCCAAGGGAAAGUUCUUCAUUGACCGUGACGGCGUAAUCUUCCGUUAUAUUUUGGAUUAUCUUCGUAACCUAAAGGUUAUUCUUCCGGAAAAUUUUCAUGAGCGCGACCGUUUGAAGCAAGAAGCAGAAUAUUUUCAUCUUCCAGCUAUGGUAGCCAGCAUUGCAUCUCUGCCACCGGCACCGUCCCACUCCCAUCGGAUGUCCGUUCCCCUUAACCCAGCGGUAACUCCCCAUUCCGUGGGUCCUCCUGGAUACAUCACUGUUAGCUACAGAGGGACUUUUGCUUUUGGAAGAGAUGGACUGGCCGACGUCAAGUUCCGAAAACUGACUCGUAUAUUGGUGUGUGGCAAGGUUGGUCUUUGCCGUGAGGUAUUCGGAGAAACUCUGAACGAAAGCCGAGACCCGGACAGGUGUAACAAUGACCGUUACACGGCACGGUUUUUCCUGAAACAUAAUUUUUUGGAGCAAGCUUUUGAUAAUCUCAACGAAGCUAGCUUCCGCUGUGUCGCAGCAGCAGGUUCCGGAACGGCCUGUGGGGGUCCAGGCGAGCCACUUAAGCCAGGGAUGGAUUCGGAAGAGAAUCGAUGGAACCACUACAACGAGUUUGUGUUUGUCAGACCAUAACUUCUGAGCUUUGGGUUCCAGGGUAGUAUUAAGUAUGAAAUGGUUUGUAUGUUUACGAAAUAUUAGUUUUAAAAACGCUGUUUUUCGAAUGAGAAAUAAACUUUGUUCUUUCAACAAACUGUCAAAUGUGACCCACUUUGCGCAUUUGUUGAACCUCCAAGUGACUGACUGACAGUUAGGCCUGCUGACUUGAAAGGGAAGAAUGAGGAUAUUUUCGUAUAGCUUCUUCAAAAAUCUGCUGCAUCUCCAUGGUAGGAUAAUUUGUUCCUAGCUCUGAGGAACAGUCCAGGCUUUAUAUAUAUCUGAAUGUUUUUCUGUAAUCUCGUUAUUUUAUAGUAUGUUAAAAAAAGUAAAGUAAGAGGGCAUAAUUAUUUAUAGUUUCUAAUUAGAUAUUCAAACUGUGCAUUAGAACAGCAAGUCUUUAUCAUAGUUUUUUGUCCUAGACGUUGCUGUGAUUCUGUUUUCUUCAGAAUAAAAUUGAUAAACGAUUAAAUAAUGCUUAUGUAUCGACUAAGCUAAAAAAAAUAAAGCUGGUAGUUAAAGAAACGAAGAUCUGAUAAUGAACUAUGAUACAGAUAUUCUCCCGUUUUUAUAUAUUUUUCUUCUUAUUCUUUUUGCUUGCUUUAGCUAUAAAAUAAGACAGUUUUCUUGACUAUUAUUAGGUAUCUCAUUGAGAAAUAACGUUAUGUCUUCUUUAAGAACUGUCUAAAAGCAUUACGGGCUCAUAAGUUUCAAAACAGCUAACAAUUCGUCUACGGCUGUGUUAGAAAAAUACGAUGAAACCGUUCAUUCCUAAACAACGUUUGUUACCAAAAGAGGAACGGGCUACAUGACGUUAAUUGGGGCUGUUCGCGUGCUUUCAUUUCUCUUUUGGAGAAUUAAGAACAAAACCAAGUGUCCUCUCAUUCAAUCACUGCAUGAAGUUUCUAGUGGUCAAAAGGAGAAAAUUGGAUCCCAAAUAAAGCGUUGAAAGUCCAAUGCUGCUUGAAAUGAUAAUCGAAAAUCUGUUAACAGUAUGCGCAUUUGCAAUGUAAGUUUGAUUUAGCUAGAUACGAGCAAGACUAUCCAAAGGAAAACGAGAUGAAUCCUAAUUUUAAUGGGGCUUUGAAUCACAAUUUAUUGUUUGAAUCAAAGUUGUUUUCUUCAAAUUUACUUGAAAAAAUGGUGCUAUCAGUUGAGAUUUAAUAAGAAGAUCCUCUCAUCAGUGGUUGUGAAUCAGCAUAUUUAUACCUACUGGCAGCAAAUAAUACGGUUUCAAAUAAUACGUACAUUGAACCAGAUCACACAUUCUUUAAAACAACAGGAAUUUAAAGUUAAUCACAAAACUGGCUAAAAUGAUACUCCUUUCACUUCUCACACUUUUUUUUAAAUAAUGUUUAAAUUGCUUUGAAUUGCAUGCUUGUUAGCAUAUAGAAAGUAAAUUAAAAACAAAAAACUAUCAGACAGAACGAAUGCGACCUGCAAUAUUUAAGAAAUGAAACGUAUGAUGUAUUUCGCGAUUAAUAGUUAGUUGUUAGACUAGUCCUCUCGUUUUCCAAACUUAAAAGAUAAAGAUACAAUAGUCGUCAAAACUCUUGGUUAUGUUUGAUACAUGUUUGUUAAAUCCGUUUUGUAUUUUACAAAGUCUGCUAUUUUAGCUUUCAUCUGCGAAGUUUCUGGGCUACUUGGACACUAGAGAACAGUGUUGAGUUCUUAUAAGUUAAAACCAUUUUCUCUUAGAAGUUUUUUUUUAGAAUACACUUCGAUACUAGUGUAUUAGUAUUAGUAGAACAAUUAUAUGUAACAAUAGCAUUAAUCUGUCCUCAUUGUAAAACAGUUUUAUUACACCCAUACAAUAUAACAAUCAUAUUAAUUUUUGUCGGCACCAGUACAUCCUGACAGUAAAUGUAAGCGUGUCAGCUAACUUGUACGAUUAAAUAACCAUUUCAAUACACAUAUAGUGUCCUCAAAAAUGUGUUGAUUUUAAUAAAGCACCAAUUGUGUACCAGAAAAAUAAAAUAUAAAAUUUUAAACUUAGUUUAAUUUUGUGCAACGUGUCUCAUAAUUAAUGCUUAAUCGUGAUAAAACUACAAAAGUUAAAACCCUGUGGAAGUGUAUCUCACCAAUUGGAAAAAGUGUUUUUCAAGUUUAACUUUAAACAACCACAUCGGUUAAUAAAUGGAUUCAGUUUUGCUGGGUUAGAUAUUGUUAUCGUGACAAGGAAGAAUGGGUUUCAUCCGUCUGUGACGUCAUAAGGAACAUCCGUGAAAACUGGAAGGUUUAAGUUCCCUUUGGGUUUGUGUCUAAUCUUUGCAUCUUCAGCCUUAGACUUACAGUCAGAGUUUAAAACUUAUGAUCUUGUCUUGCUAUUGGAUUAAAUGUGUUAACAUUUUAUGCAGGAUCGUAGAAACAAAUCACAAAACCCAAAUACUUAAGCAAAUAUUUAACAAACUAGGGUAUUUCAAAAUAUUUCUCUUACCUGUAUAAUAAUAUAUCCAAUAACCCAAGCGCUUUCGAAAGACAGACCUUUUUUGUUAAGAUUGGAUUGGGAAUUAGCUGGAUAACUUUCAUAAACGUUCGGAUUAUCGGAUUUCUUUUGCUGUUUAAUUCUACAAGUUUGAGUAUCAUUAUUAAUAUGCCUGUCCAAUAUCAUCAUUGUUGUCGUAGAAGUUUAUAACUUUAGAAAUAAAAUUAAUUAAAUCUCCAGCUAUAAUAUCUAAAAUCUGUUCUGAAAUAAUACAUAGAGCUGAGUCAUAGUGGACCUUUGUUGCCUACAGUGACUUGUUGCAGGAUAAUGUGCAAGGCUUAAUUAAAGAAAAAAUUACUUACUUAUUAUAGUAUAUAUAUAUAUAUAUAUAUAUAUGAGAUUGUCUAUAUUAUUGAAGAGGGUCAUAUUUUUUUUGAAAAUAUUAUCAUAUUGAUUCUCGUAAUAUUCUCUAUCGUAUUUGUCAGACUCUUAAUGACUUCGUAUCGAUCUUAACAUCGUACAACAAGCUGAAUAAUAUGAAUGCUAUUCGUUGUAUUUGCUUUACUCAUAAAUGCUUACCUAAAAGAUGACUUGGGCUUAGUAGAUAAAGCUUUAAAGUCUUCUUAGUCGUUGAUAUAACAAAGGAAUUUAACUCGUAUAGAUAUAAUUCUCUGCUGUUCUUGAUAUUUUAAUAUGUGUUUAUGUAUAAUAUAGCACAUGGUAACUGAGCAUUACGCUGUUAUGUAGUGACAAACGUGUGUACAUGCAGAAAUAAAUGACAAUGUAAUAUGAAGAAACAAUUUCAA